GGAAUGGGCUGAGAACUGCUUUUGCUUUCUCCACAGACAGGCAUACUCUCUUCUGACUUGGCCAUCACUGAGCUGCAGAGUGAAGAGGGAAAUCCUCGCAGCCUCUGCCACCACCAUGUGUUAUGGAAAAUGUGCACGGUGCAUCGGACAUUCUCUGGUGUGGCUGGCCAUCCUCUGCAUUGUAGCUAAUAUUUUGCUUUACUUUCCAAAUGGGGAAACAAAAUAUGCCUCCGAAAACCAUCUCAGCCGCUUCGUGUGGUUCUUUUCUGGCAUCGUAGGAGGGGGCUUGUUGAUGUUCCUGCCGGCAUUCGUAUUCAUUGGGUUGGAGCAGGACGACUGUUGUGGCUGCUGUGGCCACGAAAACUGUGGCAAGAGAUGCGCGAUGCUUUCUUCCGUCCUGGCGGCCCUCAUUGGGAUUGCAGGAUCUGGCUACUGCGUCAUCGUGGCAGCCCUGGGCUUAGCCGAAGGGCCAGUAUGUCGUGAUUCUCUUGGCCAGUGGAACUACACCUUUGCCAACACCGACGGACAGUACCUUCUGGAUACCUCCACAUGGUCCCAGUGCAUGGAACCCAAGCAUAUUGUAGAAUGGAACGUCUCUCUGUUUUCCAUCCUCUUGGCCCUGGGUGGAAUUGAAUUCAUCUUAUGUCUCAUUCAAGUAAUAAAUGGUGUGAUGGGAGGCAUAUGUGGCUAUUGCUGCUCUCGCCAACAGCGAUACGACUGCUAAACGAACCACCCCACAACAGAACCACGAUCUUCCUUUAUUUCAUUCCUUGCAGAUGCCACCACUCGGAGCCCCCUGAGCCUCCCAGCCACAGUCAACUCCACCGAGUUCUUCAACAUUGCUAUGGAUGGCAAGCUCUUGGGUCAAAUCUCCAUCGAGCUGUUUGCAGACAAAGUUCCCAAGAUAGUAGAAAACUUUCAUGCUCUGAGCACUGGGGAGAAAGGAUUUGGUUAUAAAUUUUCCUGCUGUCACAGGAUUAUUCCAGGAUUUAUGUGCCAGGUGACUUGACUUCAUAAUCCAUAAUGGCAAGUCCAUCUGUGGGGAGAAAUGUGAUGAUGAGAAUUUCAUUCUGGAUCACACAGGUCUUGGUAUCUUGUCCAUGACAAAUGCUGGACCCAACAAAAACAGUUCUCAAUUUUUCAUCUGCACUGCCACACCUGAGUGAUUGGGUGGUCGGCAUGUGGUUUUUGGCAAAGUGAGAGAGAGCAUGAAUAUUUGGAAGUAUAGACUGCUUUGGGUCCAGCAAUGGCAACACAGCAAGAAGAUCACCAGUGUUGAUUGUGGACAAAUCUAAUAAUUUGGCUUGUGUUUUAUCUUAACUACCAGCCCAUUCCUUCUGUAGCUCAGGAGGGUAUCCCUUCACCCCCAUCGACUAGAAAUAUCCUAUAAUCUUUGUGCUUUCACUGCAGUUCUAUGGGUUCCAUAUUUUCCUUAUUCCCCUCCAAGUGUAGCUUGAUUGCAAAGUUAAAUUUAUGAUUAUGAAAUAAAACCUAAACAAAUAAACAAAAAGAUGUUCAGUUCCAGGGAUAAUUUUGGGAGUAGUAUUUAUACCAAGAAAAAUAACAAGAGCCUAAAUGUCCAACAAGGAACUGGUUUGGUAAAAUGUCAGCACAAUAAAAUUUUAUUUAUAUUUAUAUUUAUAUUUAUUAUAUAUAUGCACUAAAAAGUAAUUUUGGUUAGAUUCUGGGUGAUUUUUGUCUUGAUUCAUUUUGCCUAUCUAUACCUACUAAAGUUUUUACAAUAAACACAUAUUACAUUUGGAAAGCAAAAAUGAGAAAACAAAUAUUCAUUCCUGAAAUCAUUCAGGGAGUCAUCCACAGUCUUUGAAGGAAAAUCCCCAAGUAUAUGAGAAAACCAUUGUUCCUUUCGGUGGACAGAGGAGUCAUUCUUCAGUGAACUCUGGAGAAUAAUUGUGCAGGAAAUUAGCUGAAGGGCUGGGCCAGGUGAGACAGGCAGUAACCACAGGCUAAAAAUAUUGUGGGGAGGCUAUAAUUCCCACUCUGUGUUUGGGAAAUGUAAGUACGUGGUGUCUACUUAGUCUAGCUACCAAAUAAGAUUUUUAUAAAUAUCAGUUACAUAUCUGUUUUUCCAUUCUUAAAAAUGAAAGCAAUGAAAUGCUUUUACUUUGAUAAUUGGCCUUUUAUCAGGGCUUUUUGUAGCAUAGCUUGAAUUUUCCUCAUUUUCCUCUUCUGAGAUGAGAGGGAUGGUCAACAAUGGGGUUAUAGGACAUGGUCCAGCCUGUUUUGUGGAGAUGAUUCACAGCACAUUAUGUAGAGAAAUUGUCACUCACCCCAGGCUAGUAAAAAUGGUCCUUCCUCCCCUUUUAACACAAAAUAAUUUUUGUGUUUGUUCAUCUUUGUCAAUUUAGAUACUUUUUAAAAAAGUGGGCCAGGUUGGGAUCUCACAGAAUACUUAACUCCCUAUUGUUUAAUCCCUUGGCUAAAGUAGAUGUUCUAAAACUACACUCAGUUCUGUCAAUAAUCUCUGACACCUAGGUUAAGUUUUUAACUUUUUAAACUUUUAUUGAAAUGUAAAUUUUUUACAUGUAGUAAAAUGCACACAAAAAUGUGUAGCUCAGUGAAUUUUUUUAAAUUUCAAUUUAUUUUUGAGAGAGACAGAGAGAGCAUGAAGGGGGGGAGUGACAGAGAGAGAGGGAGACACAGAAUCCAAAGUAGGCUCCAGGCUCUGAGCUGUCAGCACAGAGCCCAACUUGGGGCUUGAACUCAUGAACCCCAAGAUCAUGACUUGAGCUGAAGCCAGAUGCUUAGCAGACUGAGCCACCCAGGUGCCCCUACCUCAGUGAAUUUUUACAUAUGUUUAUACACAUGUAACCACCAUCUAGAUCAAGAUGUAGGACUCCCAGCACUCAGACAACUCUCUUGUGUCCUCUCUGAGACAGUAUGUACCUACCAUCACCACACACACUCAGAGUAACUACAGUUCCGAUUUCUAUCACCAUAGAUUAGUUCUGUCUGUGCUUGAACUUUAUAGAAAUUGAAUAAUAAAGCAUGCUUUCCUUGUG